CGUUUUUCACAAAAUUUUGAAAAAAUUGUUUUGAAGCUUGAGCACGUAUCGGCGAUUGAUUCGGAGGACGAGGACUCGCGUUACGGCGGUCGUUCGGGCGCUCCCUGUUCGGAUCUGCCAAGUCGUGGCUCGUCGGUUGUGCGAUUGUCCGGAUUGCCGUAUGCAUGCACCAAAGAGGAGAUUGUUCGCUUCUUUGAGCCGCUUGAAAUCGCCGACAAUGGAAUUGUAUUGCUUUAUGAUCGCUACAGUGGUAAACCGAAAGGCGAAGCAUUUGUGGCAUUCAAUGAGAGCGAACAUGCAACAAAAGCACUUGCAAAGAACAAAGAAUACAUCCAGCAUAGAUAUGUGGACAUUUAUGCGUCAUCUUAUGGCGAAAUGAUGCGAGCAUUGGAGGACGAUCGUGAGCCGUAUGGUGGCGGUGGCGGCGGCGGGGGCGGCGGCCGAGGUUGGGACAGAGAUCGCCGUCCACGAGGUAUGCCGUACGAUCGCCCAGGUGAUCGUGGUUAUCGUGAUUCCAGAAUGCAUCGAAGCGACGCAUGGGCCGACAGAUAUGGAGGCGGAGGUGAUGGCUACGAUGAUGGUUAUGGUGGACGUGGUGGUGGACCAAUGCGACGGGGCUGGAGAGAUGAGCCACCGCAUAGGGGGUAUUCGCCGCCGCGGCGUCGCUAUAUGACCCCGCCACCGGACUACAGCAUUCGGAUGCGCGGCCUUCCGUAUCGCGCAACCGAGCGUGACAUUGUCGAUUUUUUCCGUCCGAUUCGACCAACAUCGAUUGAUAUUAUCUAUGAAUAUGGAACGGAUCGUCCGAGCGGCGAAGCAGUCGUGGAGUUCCGCAGUCGAGGCGAUUUUGAGGCUGCUAUGCAGCGAAAUCGCGAGUACAUGGGUAUGUGA